AUGGGUCUCCUCUCCAAAGGAACGCCUUUUACAUGGGAGGAGACCAAAGCGCGCAGCGAUUACGUGCGCCACCACGGCAUCGUGCAGUUUCUCAACCUGUACAGACAUGUCCGCCAUCGUCGAGACAUCUCUCUUCGCUGGGGCGAUGAGAUGGAGUACAUGCUCGUCCGUUUCGACCAUAAACAGCGCAAGGUUCAGCUACUCCUCAAGGCCGCCGAAAUCAUACGAACUCUCAACGAGAAGGAGCGGGAAAGCCCAGAAAGCUGCGCCUGUUCCUGGCACCCGGAGUUCUCCGCCUACGCCCUGGAAGCCGUGCCUCUGGAGCCCUACGGCUACCGCGUUGCAGACUACAACAUGGUGGAGCAGAACAUGCGAAGGAGGCGAGCCGAAGUGCGCGCCUUGCUCGACGUAGACGAGGAGAUAAUCUGCCUCACUACAUUCCCCAUGAUGGGCUGCAGGGAUUUCACAUAUCCAUCGUACAAGCCGUCAAGGUCUCCGAAUGGCAUGCAAUCGCUGUUUCUCCCGGACGAGAUGGUAUACCCCAAUCACCCGAGAUUUAUGACGAAUGCAAAGCACGUCAAACAACGACGCGGAAAGCGUGUCGUCAUCAACAUUCCAAUCUUCAAGGAUGAGAAAACUCCCAAUCCUUUCAUUGAAGACUUCAAGAAGCUCGGCGACGACGGAGAGGCGCAGAGAGGAGCCCUUCCCGAUCACAUCUACAUGGACGCGCACGGUUUCGGCAUGGGCAACUGCUGCGUGCAGGUUACCCUACAAGCCGCUGACAUCUUGGAAGCCAUGACUGUGUACGAUCAGCUUGCCAACAUGGCCCCGGUGAUGCUUGCUUUGGGAGCCAGCACCCCGGCGUUCAGAGGAUAUCUGGCGAACACCGACUGCAGAUUCAAUGCAAUUCGCAUGUGCAUCGACGACAGGACAGAAGAAGAGAUGGGCAACAAACCGGGCAAAAAGAACGCCCGCGUCAUCAGGAGGCCUCGUUUCGCCAGCAUUCCCUGCUUCCUUUCAGCGGUGAACCAGAAGCACAACGACGUUCCCGUUGAACACGACGAGAAGAUCUACAAGCAGCUCCUGGAGGGAGGCGUUGAAGAGCCGCUAGCAAAGCACUUCGCGCACAUUUUUCUUAGAGACACCCUUAUUCUGUACAAAGAACUCAUGUUCCAGAACGACGAAGUAGACAUCGACCAUUUUGAGAACCUUCAAUCAACUAGCUGGCACACGCUAAGGUUCAAACCGCCGUCACGGGACAGUGAGACGGGUUGGAAGAUCGAGUUCCGUCCCAUGGAGCUACAGCUGACCGAGUUCGAAAACGCAGCGUACAUAAUCUUCGUGGUGCUUUUGACAAGAAUUAUUCUCACGUACAACCUAGACAUGACUGUACCCAUUUCAAAGGUGGACGAAAACAUUGAAAUCGCGCAAAAAGUGGAUGCUGUUCUGAAUGAGAAGUUCUGGUUCCGCAAAGAUAUUCUCACACAUGGUUGUAGGCCGACAGCUAGUGGCGUCAAGGAAAGCGACGUUGCUGACGUGGUUAAGAUGUCAAUUGGUGAGAUUAUAAAUGGUAAAGAGGGGGAGUUUCCGGGCCUCAUUCCGUUGAUUCGAACCUUCCUGACGAGCGCCGAGGAGGUAAACAUUACCACUUACUGCUCGAUGCACCAGUACCUAGAGCUGAUCGGAAAACGGGCGUCAGGCGACCUUAUGACUACCGCUCACUGGAUGCGGCAGUUUGUCAGGUCCCAUCCUGAGUACAAGAAAGAUUCUAUAAUAACUGACACUAUCAACUACGACUUGAUUAUGCGUAUGUUCAAGCAUCAGCAUAACUUCUGGUCAAUUCCCGAGCUUCUUGGCAUGCCAUCAUCGAGAUCAAGUACCGAGACACCAGGUACACCUUCGUCCAUUCAGUCGCCUGGGUCGCCACCCCUGAGUCGCUGA